AUGGAUGAACGAUUCUGCAUUCAGAAUUUCAUCUUAGGUUUGAGGACUCACAUUGGAGUUGAAGUGGAUAUUCACAAUCCAUUGACUAUGAAUGAAGUUUUUGAGAAAUCUACUAACCAAGAACAGAAGUUGGAACAGUUAGCCAAUUUCAGGAAGAAUGUGAAUACUAAACUAGGUUUUGGGAACAAGAAUUUCCAAAACAAUGAUAAUCAUAAGGGCAACAUCAAUCGACAGAUAAGGAAUCUGAAAAGAGGAGCUAACUCUCAGGAAAAAGGAGUAAAUCAGGGUGGAAACAAGAAAGUGAAUAAUAACACCAACUUCUCUAAUUCUAAUACCAGUUUCUAUUUGAUAGAUAUAGGAGAUAAUGAUUGCUUUAUUGAUCCUAAAGUAGUUUAUAAAUUACCUAUUAGACCUGGUUAUGUGUCACAUGCAUGGAUGGUUCAGUAUGGGAAUCGAGCAGAGAAGAGGGUAGAUUCAUGUGUAUUUUGCAGUGAUUUAGAGCUUCCUAAUUUCCAAAUUUUGGUUAAUCUAUAUGUAGCACCACUGAGAUCAUAUGAUGUGAUCUUAGGUAUUAAUUGUUUAACUGAUCAUAAAGUUGUAGUAAACUGUGAGGACAAAGUUGUUAGUUGCUUAGAUGAUUAUGGGACUCCGAUUGAGAUUCAUGGGUCUCAAAAGCCUCUUGAAUUGAGACACGUCUCAGCUAUGCAACUCAAGAAAGCACAAAGAAAGGGAUAUUCCAUUUUUUCUAUAUUUGUAAGUGAUUUGGAUAAUGCCAAGAAGAGUCCUAAGGAUUAUCUAGUUCUCAUAGAGUUCUUAGAUGUUUUUCCGGAAGAUCUUACAAAGUUACCACCUAAGAGAGAAUUUGACUUCUCUAUUGAACUCUUACCUGGAACCGAGCCACAAUCCAAGGCUCCUUACAGAAUGACUACCAUAGAACUAUAUGAUCUCAAGGAUCAAUUAUAG